UAUUCACUGACAAGAAUGUGGCGGCCCUUAUGUCAAUAUCAACUAAAUCAGAAAUGAAAAUAUUUCAAGCAAAAAUAAGAAACAAUCAAAUAAAAGCUAAUAAUUUCAAAAAUAUUUUAUUUCUAUAUUUUACUUAUACUCACCCCAAAAGAUCCUAUAAAAUAGGAUUAAAGAAACAGUGAAUUCUGAAACCUUUUUCACUUUAAAUUUACUGACCCUUCUUUGCGUUCUCUUUCUACAAAUCUCUCCGAUUUCACUAAAUCUUUAGGUCAGAGGGAUGAUUAUGGAUGAAUACAUGGAGUUAAGACCAGUGAAGUACACGGAGCACAAGACAGUGAUCAAGAAGUACACUAAAAAGUUACCAGCGGAGAGCAAGAAGAAGAUCAGCACUGGUCGUGACAUGGCGAGGUUGGUCCGUGUGUGCGUGAUGGACCGUGAUGCCACUGAUUCGUCAAGCGACGACGAGGAGUUUUUGCUCCCGAGAAGACGUGUCAAGAGACUGAUCAACGAGAUCAGAGUCGAACCUAGCUCCUCCGGCGAAGUCUUGGCCGGAAAAAGCCUCUCCGUCGAUCCUCCGGUUCAGAAGGUCUCUGUUUCCGGCGCCGAUCAAAACCAGAGGAAGUUCCGCGGCGUGAGGCGGCGACCGUGGGGAAAAUACGCGGCGGAGAUUCGUGAUCCUGAGCAACGCCGGAGGAUCUGGCUCGGUACUUUCUCAACGGCCGAGGAAGCCGCCAUGGUCUACGACAACGCAGCUAUCAGGCUUCGUGGCCCUGAUGCUCUCACCAACUUCACUGUUCCAACAGAACCGGAACCAGAGAGCAACGUAUCAGUUUCUUUGACAUCAGACUCAAUGGAUGAUUCUCAUCAUUUAUCAUCUCCGACAUCGGUUCUCAACUACCAAAUCUCCGAACCAAUGGAUGAACCGGUCAAACCGGUUAAACAAGAGUUCCUUGAAAGGGAACCAAUAAGUUGGCCUAUUGGAGAAGAUACUAGUGAUAAUACCGAUGAUUCAUUUCCAUUGGACAUUCCAUUUCUCGACAAAUAUUUCAAUGAAUCAUUGCCCGACAUCUCUAUCUUCGAUCAAACCAUGUCUACUAUUGAAUCAUCGGACAAGGAUUUCUUCAACGGCCUGAUGUUUUUUGAUGACAACAUAGGAGGAGAAAACUAUUAUUCUGAUAUCAAGGAGAUAGGAUCAGUGUUAAAUGAUCUAGAUGAAGCUUUGAUUUCUGAUCUUUUAGCUGUGUGAUGUUUUUACAAAAGAAGAAAAAAAAACAAGCAAACAUUGGUUGCAAAUAUCGCCAGUGUGAGUCAAAUUUUGUCCGAAGUUUUUGAGUUUUGAUAAUUCUACAUUUGGUUGAGUUUCUUAGCGUUAAAUGGUUUUGUUGAGAUGUAAUUUAGUGUUGGUUGUCACUAUGUAUAACAAUUUUGGGAGAAAUAUUGGAAUGAGUAGCUAAUUAUUUAA